AUUUUUUAAGUUUCACGAUUUGUCAUAUUUAAUCAUAUUUUAAUAACGAAAUUAAUAAUUUAUGUAUGUAUGUAAUACAUAAAUUUUAGACGAGCUAUGUCGAUAAAGUCGACUCUAUAUAUCUUAGUUUUAUCUUGGUCUUCGCUAAUUGGUUGCUUUCGAUAAAGGAUGAAGUAUAUGCGAAUGUCGAAUGUUAAAUGGUCCUAAACAAUAGAUCAUGUAUGUAUGGUAUGAGAGCUUAACGCGACAAAACAUGCGAAGGUCAAUCUUCUGAAACUAAUGUUCUCAGGUCCGCUUGUAUUACUGCCAAAUUACAGACUUGUCCUCAACGUAAAUAUGAGUUGACUUCUGUUAUCUUUGCAGUUUCGUUUUUCAUGCUGGGUUUCUUUCUGAUAUCGUAAAUUUUUUCGUAAAUACUUGUGUAUCGCGAUAUCUAAUUGCUUGAAACUUUAGUACAACUUUGAUGAAUUCAUAUUAGAUAAAGUGUAAAAUAGUGCAGCUAAGAAAGACGAACUUGAAUAAAUUGCGAUUAUCCUCUUGAUGGCUAAUUCUUCUUUUUCUGACGACAAGACAGAAUUAUUAAGAAUGUCAGUGAGCGAGAAAGUGACAAAAUCUGAAGGGAAAGAGAGAUCUGUGAAUUUCACGGAGAAGAUAUCAUCUGUAAAACUUGAGACGGUCGGAAGCGAAACGUGCAUCCGACCACGAUUCGCCAGCCACACGCUAUCGUCCUUGAUGAAGAGGCGGACACCGAUAAACUCAAGGAAGAAAUCAUUGUCUUCGAUGAAGAGCGCAAGGACGCCGAAAAAGUUGCGAAAGACUGUCAUCUACAGCAAACUGAGCGGAAUUUACAAGAGACGCAGCGUUACAAAGCAAAGCAAGAGCAUGCAGGCGUUAAGGACGAUCCUCAAACGGGAGAAGAGGGAUCAUCGUGCAUCCGUUUCUCAUCAGCGAGCUGACAGCGAGCUGACGGGAACGGUUUGUGGAUGCGCGGAGAAUUCACUUGUUUUCCUUCCGAAUGAUUUGAUCAAAGACGUCUCCCGAGAUCUGAAAAAAUGCGCGGCAAGUCCGGCUAAAUCGAUGGUUUCUCGUGGCGAGCCGGCGAAAGUUGAUCAGCCUGAAAAGCGAGUGGAAGACUCGCACGCUCAUCUUCUCGAAAAAAUGAGACAUACAGAUAAUGACUUGUUGUUCUCGUGUCUUCCAAGUAAUACUGAAAUUUGUGACGAUAUUAAAAAUCGCACGAUCAUAGAUAUCGCGCAUCAAUCGCAGACAAGUGACGAGAAAAAAAAGUUUGCAAACUCGCAUCGCAGAUGGAGACCGAUGAGUGAACCUGGAGAAAGGCUUGCGAACGAGGAUUGUCUUACAAUCGAGACUCAAACUCAUCGUCAAAGUGUAAAUGAUACGACGGAUUAUAAGUACGCGUUUCAUCGCGGAAGUCGGAAGACUUGGGCGAUCAGGAAAGCUGAAACAAAACGUUACGACGUCACGAUGCACGGUAAUACCGAUCAUACGUAUAACGUUGAUCUACAAAGUUCCCGAAACUCUAAGUUCAUGAGACAUGUCGAUAAUUCGCGGGAUAAGCAUGACAGAUCAGUUGUGAACUGCGCUGUCUCAACCCCCAAAAAAGGCACUUUUCAAAAGAAUCUCGUUUUCACCAAUCAACGAGUUUGGAGACCACCCGGCGUCACUAAAUUCUCGAGUAUAAAGAGCACAACGUCUUUAACACAACCGACGUCGCAGAAAUCGUCUCGAACUACCGAAAAAUCCAUCGCUUCGACAGAGAAUAAAUAUUCAUCUGAACAUGUCGAGAUACUGAAUAGCAAAUCUACGAGCACAUCGAUAUCUGUAAAUCAGUCCAAGAUGUUGAUGAAGGAGAACAAAGAUCCUCGCGCAAAUCGCGUAACAAAAAUUUGCGAACAUCUCGCAGAAGCGAGACAGCAACAGCGACUACUAAACGGAGGAACGCUAUCGAAAGGAAAACGCUCGACUACCAAAGUUGGUCCAAAGACCUCGAAUAAUCGCAACGAGAUGAAUCCGAUAAGAUCGAGAUCGAGAUCGAGGUCGAGGUCGAGGUCGAAGUCGAGGUCGAAAUCGAAAUCGAAAUCACGCCAUUGGCAAACGGAUACACAGAGAGCAUCGUCGCGGAAUUGGAAUAAGCAGAGUCGUACCGAGUCUGCCGUGAUUAACAACAGAGGAUCUAAACCUUCGGAAAUAAUUCACGCGUUGAAAGAAAUCAACGGCGUAAAAGAAAACGAAGAUGUAGAAGAUUAUACCGCAAAGUCUAAUAAUGACGUGUUUAAUAAUAAAGAAAGUGACAUCGGGCUCCAAGCGCUAUCAAAUCGCGACGCUUCCGUGGAAAUGUUGCAAAACGGUAAGACACAUUUUAUCAAAAAUAAACAUUUUGACGAGCCGAAUCAAUCUUUCGAUCGGUCUUUUGGGAAAUCGAUUAGCACGCAAACAGAAGAGAGUAUUGAUUCAAUGGAAAUUUUAAAGUUUCAAGUUGCAACGCAAUCAUCAUUAAAUUGUAACAAUGUCGUUGAAACCGGAUGCAAUACGAUACAUUAUAAUGCUAUUUAUAAAGAUACGGGAAUAUCCUGUGAUCUGAUAGACUUGACAAAUUCAAAAGGAGAUAUUGAUUCAACAGCAAUUGAAGAUAAAAUGCCGACGUUAGAAAAUAUUCCAUUUCAUGCAAAAUCUAUUACGCAUACUGAAAGCAAUGCUAAAGAUGAAUAUUCCGAUAAGAGCAAGAAACCUUCAAUGAGCGAAUGCAAACAGACUUCGAGUACAGAAAUGACUUUAAAAUUAGAAGAUUAUGAUAUAAUGGAAAUGGAAAUGGAAAUUCCAGUAAAAACGACAAGUAAUUUGAUCAAAGAUGAAGAAAAAAUAAUGGACAAAAAUUUUCAUACUGUUUUCAAAUUACCUAAAAAUUCUGACGAUAAAAUAAAUAUCGGUAUCGAUACGCAAACAUUCACAAAGUAUUCCAGUGAUUCGGUAGAUAAUUUAUUUUUAGAAAGACCUCGACCAUCAUCCUCAAUCUACGAAUACGAUGCGUCCUGCUCUUCCGAGGAACUCGCGGAAUAUCUUGAAAACGAUGUUCAGCAUGGAAAUAUAGUCAUGCCAGAAUUGAAAGUGGAAAAUAUACCCAAUGAUUUGAUUGCGGCUUUCGAACUAGCAGCGGAACGCGCGCGUAAUCUUCAUAAAGCCAUUAUUAUAUACUACGAAAACUUAAUACCGGGGGGAAUUGAAAAAUCAAAUGAAGAAACGACUGAGGAUUAUGAAACUGUCGAGAAAUGUGUCUGUUUCGUAAAUUGCGAAAUUGAAAAUCGAAAAAGAUCCGAAUGCGACUCGAAGUCUUGUCGCUUCCACGUGACUAACGGCGAAGAUAUUGACAGAUUUUCAACAUGUUCUACGAGGAGCAGUAACUCGGUUCAAAUAUGCGAACCUGCGAUACAUAAAUUUUCGCUAACUGAUUAUUGCGAGUUUGUGAAUCAAAAAGAAAUAAAGUCGUCAGAACUGGUAAUAGAUAGUAUACGGGAAGAGAAAUACGCGUUCGAGGUAUUACAAUCAAAAGAAGAUGAAAAUGACAGUGGAGAUUUCGAAGCAGCAGAAGCAAUUAAAACUUUGGCGCUUCCCAUGACAGUUGAAAAAACUUCUCCGACUCUUUUACGCGAGAAUUUGUUGGCUCUCGUCUAUUGCAUUUUGUGUUCCAUAAUAUUUUGGUAUUUGCAAGUUUCGUUCUAAUGCGACCCUGCGACAUAACUUUUUAUGUAUAAUUAACGUUAUUUUCAUACAUAGUCCCACUGCAACUGCAAUAUAACAUUGAUUUUUAUUAAUAUUCGUUCGCAUAUGUUACGUUCUCCUUGGUUUCAAUAAAUAUAUUCCUUUUUUGUAUAUCUAACAUAUCUUAAUAUAUAUAUAUAUUCUUAUAUUCAUAUCUAUUGAUUUUUUU